AUGCAGUUCGACUAUGCCCUGCGUACACUGCCAGCGUCGUGCACGCGCUCCAGCAGCAUAUUUCUGGCCCCCAAAGUGACUCAUGGCUCUCCGGCUCUGACGCCGGAGUCAGCGGGCUCGACGCACUCGUUGCAGGAUCUUGGCUGUAAUGCCAAGCGGUUGGACAUUCACUGCAGCAAACUGUCGACCUCUACGCCCGUCACAGCGACAUUUUCGACUGAUUUUGCCAUACCUCCGGAUAAAGCGGAAAAGCACAUCACCGUGGAUAGCGCAACACCACGUACGAAGCUGUUCUCGUACUCGUCUUCUGACCCCGAGACUCUGACCCGUUCGAGGUUUCUUUUUGACCUGCGUGGUGAACAGGUUUACAUCGGCCAAGCGGCAUCAUUGUCGUUUCUACAACUAGCCCGUGAGAUUGUGUCCGAACACAUCGGCCCAUCUGAGUUCUCCCAUAACGGGAAAGUACAGACCAUGUUAGAGACAACAUCGCCUGUAACGGCUGAACCGUCGAUCUCGGCACUUGAUGUCUCAUUAGACGUAGACCAGAAGCUUUCAUACGCAAACACUUUUAAUGCAUCGCUCGAUGGGCUCAUGGGCCUCUUCGCACCGUCCGAAAUCGAGGGCCUCUUGGUCGGGUCUCACGCUACGGACGCACGGUAUCGUAAUUCAUACAAACGAGCAACGGUCGACCUAAUCAUAGCCAUUGGGGCGCAAUGCUCCUCUCCUGAGAGCGAUAUCAAUGUGGCACGACCGUUUUUUCGUCGCGCACAGCAUCUAGCUAUGUCAGAGACGCUCGAGGAUCCCAAUGUCGACAUGAUCCGUGCGUUUCUCCUAAUGGCCUUUUACAUGCUGGGGAGCUGUCGGCGCAAUGCUGCUUUUAUGUAUAUUGGCAUCGCAGUACGCGCUGCUGUUGUCCUCGGUCUGCACAGUCGUGACUCGUAUACUGAUAUGAAGCUGCCCCGUUUUCUCCUGCGUCUUCGCAUCUGGAUCAGUCUGUGCAAUCUAGACAUGACGGUCAGCGCCAUCCUAGGACGCCCCGCAGCUACGGCUGUGCUACGGGCCGAUUUGGAUAAAAGUCUCGAACAAUUGACCACAGACAUGGAUGGCACCGACACGGGGAUGGGCGUGCUGAUGGCCUCGUACAAAAUCCUCAGCAUCAUUAGCGAAAUUGUCGACAAUCUUUACGGACGCAACACAAUUCCCGGUGCGUUCAUUGAACAGUACCUUGACACCAUUGAGACCUGGAAACAUGACUACGGCGUUAAUUUUCCAGACAACAGUGCCAAUGAUGACAAGGUGACGCUUGUUACACGGCCAAUUCUUAUUCUCACUCUCGUCGUCCAGUUGGAUGGCAUCCGCGAUGCCUGGACACAAAUGGCCCGGGCUUGUGUUGAGGCAUCAACCUACCUGGUCCAAACUUGUGUCGACGCCCAGGAUGCCGGAAGUCUACUGGGAAACAUGUGCAUAUUAAAAGCUCUUGUUUUUGUUGCUGGACUUACUCUUGGUCUACAGAGCUUUUCCAAACUGCGAAUUGAUUAUGAAGUUGAGACUGCCUUUGCCGGUGCCCGGCGCAACCUUGAGUUUCUUGCCGUACAAAGCCCUCAGGCCAGCCACUAUGUCGAAAUCCUGCGACUUCUUCAAUUAGCCAUCACAAAGCAGCGUCGGCAUCAAGCGCAAACGGGCCGCAGCCGAUUUGUUAGCAAAAUAUAUGCAACAGGUCCUGACCUUUUCCCAUCACAGGACAAGCCCGGUUCGGUGGGUACCGUACUUACUAAAACGGUUGCAACAGAUUAUGGUGUUUCGCCGGCAUCAUUGAACCCUGACGUGCAGUUAUCGCAAUCAACCUCCCCGGCUCCGAAUGCGGGGCCCAACAUUGGCCCCUGGACAGUCGUGGAGCCAACUGAAGAGAUUAUGUUCAAUUGGGACCACCUUGAUCUAUCACAGAUGAUGAGUUCCAUUGAUAAGGGCGUCUGGAGGCCGCUCCAAAUUGGCGUUAUUGGUGGUGGCAUAGGAGGUUUGUGUGCUGCUGUGGCAUUGAGACGCUCUGGCCAUGAGGUGGUUGUAUAUGAGCGCAACGACUUCGCAGGGGAGGCGGGCGCUUCCAUUUCAUGUGCUGCUAAUGGAACUCGAUGGCUACACGAGUGGGACGUCGAUGUCGCCAAGGGCGACCCGGUUGUACUGAAAAAGCUCAUCAACCGCGACUGGUAUACUGGGGAACCUGUUAGUGUCUACGACCUAGCUGACUACAAGGAGCGGUGGGGUUACGUUUACAACAUGUUUCACCGUGUCCAUAUGCACACAAUGCUCAAAGACACUGCGCUUCAACAGGAGGGUAAGGGCAAACCAAUCGAGCUCUUGCUAAACCAUGCGUGCAAAGACAUUGACUUGGCCACUGGAACCAUCAUAUUCGAUAAUGGCGUGACGGCCACACAUGACGUUAUAGUUGGUGCUGAUGGCAUUGGCUCCGUCGUUCGUAGCCUUAUCGGCGUUCACCCUGAACGGAAGCCGUCUGAUCAAAGCUGUCUGCAUGCUAAUGUCACCACCGAGGACGCAGUUCGACUAGGCCUUUUUGACUACUCUCAAGACUCGGCCCUUGAGUAUUGGGGUGGCCAAGAUGGGAAAUGGGAUAAGAUUGUUCUUUCACCUUGCAACGGUGGCAAGCUUCUUUCCUAUUACUGCUUCUUCCCCCGUGCCGUGGGUGAUUACACCACCCACUCUUGGGGUGGAUCUGACCUCCCUCUUGAGGAGCUCCUUGCACCUUAUCCUGAACUUGACAGCCAAGUGAAGGCACACCUCACUAUUGGCAAGGAGAUUCGGCCGUGGCGCCUCUGGGUUCAGUACGUAAUGCGCGGCCUUGUGGCGUACUAA